UCGUCAGCGUAUAUAAUGAGAUAAUUCGUGAUGCUAUAAAAAAACGGCUGUGGCGAUAUAGUGACGUGGCUGGCAUUUGGACGCACACUUGGUCAAGACAGAAUACGGGACAUGACAUGUGAAUAUAUUAUUAUUAUAUAGAUUUAGUUGAUAAUGACAUCUUGGCAACGGCGGGUUCGUUUUAGUUCAAAUCCGCGAUGACGAGUGUAGUGGCAUAGCGAAUCAUGUUUUUCAGAAGCAAUUGCUUCUGGUUUCUGGGCGGUGGGUCAUUACUCAUAACCGCAUAAAGCCCACAUACACGUUCGCGACGCCACUGGACGGGUGCAUCAUCAGCUGAAGUCAUAUGCACUACAAUGCCUGCGGUGAAAUCCCGACUUUCCAACUUCAUUCUUAUCGGGCCUGCAUAUUUCAGCUCAUUAAAAACUAUUGAGGAAUCCAGUUGGCGGAGCCGGAGGACACUGACCGGAUCUCGAAUUUGGACGAAAUAUAAUUGUGAAUCCAUUGCGAUAUUCUUUAUGGACAUGGAAUUUUACAUUUUGUCCAGACCCAUGGACGACACUAUUGAGCAAAAAUCUUCAUCUUACCACAAUAGUGAAAAUGAUUAGGGCUUUACCACACUUGCCACCACAACAGCGGAUUCCAGAAUUUCCCAAAGACUUCCACAUUCUUGGGGGUUUUCUGGCAAUCACAAGGCUGGCAACUCGAAUGGGCAUACUGAACCGAAUUGUUCAGUUAUUGGACUAUGUUCGACAAUACUGGUUAACAACAGUACGUCCAUCUAGGUUUACUGUUUAUGGUGUAAACAUCUGUACCAAUAAUUAUGUAGAAAGUUUUCACAGCAUGCUAAAGUCCACCAUAGGCCUACAUCCUCCAGUCUGGUCCUUUUACGAUCAAUUACGUUCCAUUGAAAGUAGAGUACGAAGAGAAACCUACAAACAAUCAACGGCCAGAAAGUACGAAGAUCAAAUGUGUCUAGCAGAGACACAAAUAACUGCAUUUUGGCUGAUGUUCAACAAAGCGUAUGCUAUGACACAAUGACAUAUUUAAGAAGUGUUUCCUAGGUACUCAGUGAAAGGAUACAUAAAUAUGUAAAUAGGCCCUUUAGCUAAUGGUUUGUACCACAUA